AUGGUUGUAGGGGAUUGGAUUUGGUGGGGGUGGAUGGUGAAGAAAGAGGGGGAAGUAAGGAGGGAUGGGAAAGGAAGAUAUUAUGGGUGGGUUUUGGAUGUGGUUGUGGGGGAGUUUUGGGGGGGUGGGGGGGUAGUUGGAGUUAUAGUUUUAAUUAAAGGAAAGUUUAAUUUGUGUGUGAUGGGAUGGUUUGGGGGUGGUGGGGGGUGGGGGGGUGGGGGGGGGUGGGUUGGGGGGUGGGGUGGGUGGGGGGGGGUGGGGGGGUGGGUUUUUGGUAUGGUUGUUAGUAGUGGGGGGAUAUGUGGUUUGUGUGGUGUGAUGUGUGUUUGGGAGAUGUUGUUGAGUGGGUGUAGUAUUGUAGGUUUUGUGGAGUGUUUGUGUUUGGGUGGUGUGGGUGGGGUUUUGUGUGUGGGGGGGGGGGGGGGGGUUUGGUGGGUGUGUAUGGUUGGUGGGGUUGUUGUGGUGUGUGGGGUGUGUUGGUUGGGGGGGGGUUUGGUUGUGGUUUUUGAUGUUUGGUUGUUAGUAUUGUUGGUUAUGUAUGGUGAUAGGUGUGGGGGGGGAUAUAGGGGUUUGGGUGGAUUGGUAAGUGUGGUUGGGGUGGUUGUGGUGUGGGUGGUAUUUGUUGUUUGGGGUUGA